GUAGAUCCAUCUUCUUUUCUUCGUCUCUGCUUCUCACUGCUCGCUUUCACUUACUUCUCUGACUCACUGAGUCAAUUAACUCGUUCUUCACCCCCAAAUCGAGAUUCCCUGAAACCCUAAAACUCCAAUUCCCACCGCAUGUCACUACUUUACUUCCCAAUUCCUUCCUCCUUCGUCUUCUGAUUCACUUCAAUCGAUUCGAUUUUGCGGAUCCAUGGAGGAAUCUCCAUCUCCCAAACCAGAGUUCGAAUCCACGACCACAACUCUAACAUGCCGCGAUUCCGAACUCAGCAACAACAACAGCUGCAGCAAUAGCAGCUUCUGCAGCAGCGAGGUCAUGCUUCCAAAGAAGAACACUAACAACAACAACAACAACGAUAGAGGUGAGGUUGUGAACGGUUACAUUGUGUACUCGCGAAGGAAGACGAAGAAUCUCCAUGAAGAAGACGAAGAGCAAGAGAAGAAGGUAAGUUCCGAGGGCAGAAAUGGAAUUGUAAAGGUGGAGGAGGAAAGUAGUGAGGUGGUGGUGAUUCAGAACGACGUCGUUUUGGGAAGGUUGAAGAGGAAUAGGAAGCCAACGUGGAAAACGGUGGUGGAUGAGUGUGAAGUUGGAGAAGAAGAGAAAGCGGUGGUUUUCAAGACGAAGUCGUCGGAGAAGGUUGUUGUCGUUAACAGAAGGCCCGUCACCGUUAAAGAGCUCUUCGACACUGGUUUGCUCGAUGGAGUUCCCGUUUUUUACAUGGGUUGCAAGAAGGAUUCAACUUCCGGAUUACGGGGUAUAAUUCAAGAUGGGGGAAUAUUGUGCUCAUGCUGUAUUUGCAAUGGACGCAGGAUUAUUCCUCCAUCCCAAUUCGAGAUUCAUGCUUGCAAUACAUACAAGAGAGCAGCACAAUAUAUUUGCCUUGAGAAUGGGAAGAGCUUGCUUGACCUUUUGAGAGCAUGCAGAGCAGUUCCCCUGCAUGCUUUGGAGGUGGCAGUUCAAAAUUUUCUUUGUUCCCCACCUGAAGAAAAAUACUUUACCUGCAAAAGUUGCAGAGGGUGUUUCCCUUCUUCAAGUGUGGAAAGAGUGGGGCUAUUAUGCCAAUCUUGUGUGGAGGAAAGGAAAUCUGAAAAAAAUUCUAUUAAAAGAGUUGACAAAAGAGUCAGGUCUCCUAAACCAGUAUUGUUUCCCAGUCCAUCAAGCACUUCUGAACUCUGUAAUUCCUCACAAACUAAGAGACGCUGGAAGAAAAGAGAAAAGUCAUCAAAACGGGAUGCCAGCUCAGCUUUUUCCAAGGGUGCUUCAGAUCCUAUUCUAUUCCACAAGAGUUUGUGGAAGAGGAAAACAAAGUCAUAUAAACUGACAGUAAAAUUAAACACUGCUCCAGUUACUUCAACUUCGAUGUUUCCAGUUACUUCAACUUCGACGUGUUUAUCUUCAGAAAAUAAGAGCCAGUGGAAGAUCGCCAAAAAGUAUCAGCGACUGCAUAAAUUAAUUUUUGAAGAAAAUGGAUUGCCUGAUGGAGCCAAAGUAGCUUAUUAUGCACGUGGACAGAAAUUGCUUGUUGGCAUCAAAAGGGGCUCUGGAAUUGUGUGUGGAUGCUGUAACACGCUGGUCAGCCCCUCACAAUUUGAGGUACAUGCAGGUUGGGCUUCUCGAAGGAAACCUUAUGCAUACAUCUACACUUCAGAUGGGAUGUCUCUCCAUGAGUUAGCAAUGUUUAUACUAAAAGAACGCAAAUACACUGCAAAGUAUAAUGAUGAUCUAUGCGUUGUCUGUUGGGAUGGGGGAAACCUGCUGCUCUGUGAUGGAUGCCCAAGGUCGUUUCACAAAGAAUGUGCCUCAGUAUCAAGUGUUCCUCGUGGUAAUUGGUAUUGUCAAAUUUGCCAAAACAUGUUCCAAAGAGAAAGUUUUGUUGCGGACAAUGUCCAUGCUGUGGCAGCAGAAAGGGUUGAAGGAGUUGGUCCCAUUGAACAGAUUGCCAGAUGCAUUCGCAUAGUAAAAGAUACCGAUGCUGAGAUGGGUGGAUGUGUUUUGUGCGGAGGUUCUGACUUCAGCAGAUCAGGAUUUGGUCCACGCACAAUAAUAUUCUGUGAUCAGUGUGAAAAGGAAUACCAUGUUGGUUGUUUGAGGGAUCAUAAGAUGGCAUUUUUAAAGGAGUUGCCAGAAGGGAUGUGGAUUUGCUGCGAUGAUUGCACAAGGAUACAUUCUAUUUUGGAGAACAUCCUGGUUAGGGGGGCUGAGAGACUUCCGGAAUCUCUCUUGGAUGUAAUAAAGGUGAAGCAAGAGGAAAUACUUUUAGGACUACCUAAUGAGAUUGAUGUAAGAUGGAGACUUCUUAAUGGAAAAAUUGCUAGCUCUGAAACUAGGCCAUUCCUUUUGCAGGCUGUGUCAAUGUUUCACGAAUGUUUUGAUGCUAUUAUUGAUCCAGUUAGUGGAAGUGACCUUAUUCCUGCCAUGGUUUAUGGAAGGAGUGUACAGACUCAGGAUUUUGGAGGAUUUUAUUGUGCAUUAUUAAUGGUCAAUUCAUGUGUGGUAUCUGCGGCUAUGCUUCGAGUUUUUGGGAGAGAUGUUGCAGAGCUUCCUUUAGUUGCAACGUGUUAUAAGAACCGUGGAAAGGGUUAUUUCCAAACGCUGUUCUCUUGCAUUGAGAGGCUGUUGGCUUUCUUGAAUGUGAAGAACUUUGUUCUACCAGCUGCUGAGGAAGCAAUAUCUAUAUGGACCGAUAAAUUCGGGUUUAGCCUGAUGAAACCUGAGCAGCUUAGCAAUUAUAGAAAGACCUUCGGUCAGAUGAUGGCAUUCAAAGGGACAAUUAUGCUUGAAAAACCAGUUCCAUCGUGUCGGAUCGUCAAUACCCGAUCCUGAAAGGUCUCAAUACAACAUAAGUCAUUCAUGAAAGAAGGGGAAACCCCCUAACUUUUGUGUUUACUAUUACUCAUUCUGCUGGUUCUGUACAUGUAUUUUAAGCCAUUUUUGAACAUUUGUUUAAACAUUUAUAUUGUCGUUAUCGUGUUUUAAGUUUUAGCUAAGCUACUCUAUUAGUCUUGAGAAUAGUGUUUUUACCCAAGUUCUUGAUGCUAUGCAGAAUAGUACAGCAUGUCUUAGAUUUUUAGAUAAGCUUUUUAGUUAGUAUAGCAUUCUAAUGCAUCAUUAAAAAGCAUGAAUAAACAAAAAUUGGCAAAGCAUCAAACCCACCUUAAGAGGGAAUAAAUUUCAGUGUUUUUACCCCACAAAUUUUAAGUUCUCACAACAAAAAAAUCGAGGAAAUUGAAAAAAGGUGUACAGGGGAAGAUGAAAAAUUGAAGAGAUGGCACGUGAGUUUCAACUGAUCAGAAUCAGAACUGGAAUUGCCACUGGGAACGGAAUUCAAACGG